GCGCACGGCGAAUGGCCAGUUCAUUGUUGAGCGAUCGUGAAAGGAGAUCGGUGGUGGUUCGAUACUCGUUAACGGGUUGUACGCAACUGUCGCCGUCUGAUUCAAGUGAGCUGUGGUGCAGUUUAUUAAGCCUGCACAAUCAAUAGCAAAUCACGUGAAAACGGAAAUAAUAUCAAUAUUGUGAUUUACAUGGGUUUUUUUAAAGAAGUCUUUUACGAGUAAAACGACGUGUGCAUAAAACAGUGCGCUCCAGUACAGUGCUUGAGCAGUGACCACAAGUGCGGGCGCGUUGGUUGCGCCUAAGGUGGGCCACACUGUGGAGUGUGGACGCACAGCCGCGUUACUUAACAAACAUCCGCCAUUGUUGGUGUAAACAGUAACAUAAUAGUAAUAACGCCAACAAAAACAGUACGGUGGGGUGCCCUCAAGAGCGCUUGGUUGCGGAAUGCUGAUGCGCGUUUCUUGCGGCAAGCCGUCGUGGGUGCGUUGAGUAUGUGGGGAGUGUGCUCAUGUUUGGUUCGGCCGACCGGCAGCGCGGGCAAAACGGGGUGACCUCGGGUAGGAAGUGGCGGUCAGCACCAGAUCGCAAACAGCAUUAAAACAAUUAAGCUGCAGCUGUGGUCGUGUGUGAAGAUUCGGCGAUUAACCUUCAUGAGUUCGCGCAUGCAAUCGCGCAUGAUUUUGAUACGCAACGGCGGUUGUGCGUGAACGAGCGGUGCUGUUGAUGCGGAUCAGCGUCUAGCCAGACUUACGAGCGAAGAAUCUAGUUAGCUUUCGUGGCCGAAAAAAACUACCGAAUUAGGCACAUCAUCGUCUUCGCUUCGCUUGGGGCUUGGGGCCGUGCGCGCUUGGCCAGUCGCCAGUCAUCACCAUGAUUAUCAAGAAGCCUCCGGCGACGGACGACGCUUUCAUCGAGAGCAAUGUUGUUAAACGCUUUUCUCCGCUGGCCCGUCAGGUGCUGGCAGCUUCCGGUCCCAUCAUCAGCAGUGCCGCUGCCGGUAUGACGAACGGCUUCUCGGCCAUUCUACUCCCGCAGCUGCAGCAACCGGGCAGCAAACUGUCCAUCAGCGAGGAUCAAGCAUCGUGGAUCGCCUCGAUGGCCCCGCUCCCGAUGGCAGUCGGCUGCAUUCUGGGCGGCUUGCUGAUGGAACGGUGCGGCCGCAAAUCCGCUCACCUCAUACUAAACGUAUCGUUUGCCGUCGGUUGGUGCGUGCUGUCGAUGGCUGGCAGCUAUCCACAGAUCCUUGCCGGCCGGUUCAUCACUGGGCUAAGCUGCGGGCUGGUAGGACCGCCGGCCUCGGUGUACAUUGCGGAAACGAGUGAUCCACGCUACCGGGGCAUCUUGCUGGCCGGUGUAACGUUUGCCGUAUCGGGCGGCAUACUGUUGGCCCACCUGUUCGGCACCUUCUUCCGGUGGCAGACGGCCGCCCUGCUCUGCUCGCUGUUCAUGAUCGUCGCCUAUCUGCUGAUGCUGGUAUCGCCGGAAAGUCCCGCCUGGUUGCUUGCACGUGGUGCUCGGGCCGAGGCGGAAUCAUCGUUUCGUUGGCUGAGAGGCUACGAUCCGGCCAGUCGGCAAGAGUUUGAUGCAAUGGUGGCAAGGACGGAGAGCGACGAUAAGAAAGCCAAUUCAACGCAGGUGAAUUCGUCCGCUGAAAGUAGCUCGCCGUAUCGUAGGCGUGAGUUUCUCAUGCCACUGGCCACGCUGCUAGUGUUUUUCGCGACGAUGCAGUUUUCGGGCGUCAACAUUGUAGCGUUCUACUCGAUCGCUCUCAUGAAGACCACGAUCGGGAGCGACAGCUUGAACGAAUAUUUGGCAAUGCUGAUCGUCGAUCUGGUGCGCGUAGUAACGUCGCUCGUGGCCUGCAUCUUGUUACGCUCCGUCGGUCGGCGUCCGCUGGCAAUGGCGAGCGGUGUCGGCACGACCGUCUCGCUUAUCGGGCUGUCCAUUUUCCUCUACUUCCAAACGAGCAUCCCGCUGUACCGCAACUACUCCUGGCUGUCGCUCGUCUUUCUCAUCAGCUACAUCGUGUUCGUUGGCAUUGGUCUGUUCCCGCUGCCCUGGUGCAUGACGGGCGAGGUGUUCCCCGUCGCAACGCGCGGGCUCGGGUCGGGCCUGACGUCGUCGUUUAAUUUCGUGUGCUUCUUUGCGGUGAUUAAAACGGGCCCGACGCUGUUUGCGACGGUUGGCAUCAAUGGGACGUUCCUGGUGUAUGGUGUCAUUUCGCUGCUCGGGACGCUGCUGCUGUACGUGAUCCUGCCCGAGACGAAGAAUCGCACGUUGCAGGAGAUUGAGGAACAGUUCCGCCGGGGGCGAAGGAAAGCGAAGGAUGCGGAAGCGUCAGGUGGACAGGUAGCUGGCACGCCGAAUGGAAUUGCCACCAUCGCUUGAGUGCCGAAAGAGUAUUCACUCGUUUGAUAGGCAGUGCUAGCUAGAUUUUAGAUAAUGUAAAGUGCAUAUUUUAUUGCUUCUUGUUUAUGGUUGUGUUUGAAUGUUGUUCAAUAGUUAGUUACGUUGUUUUGUGGUUUUAUGUUAACUUUUUAUAAAAGAAAACUAAAUAGUUAAAUGAACAAUACAUCGUAGUACAUAAGCCGAUAAAAGUAAUAUUAACUAUUAGUCAUUAUUUCGAUUGUUUGCCAUUUUGUACUUUAAUUGUUGAUGGUUUUAAUGUUCAAGCAUAAAUAAAAGAUGUUAAAUAUUUUAAA